UUCCUUUUAUUGAAAAUAGAUUUUUUCUUAUAACAUAAAUAUACCCAGAUUAUGCUCUCCCCUCACUCUGCUCCUCCCAGUUCCUUCCUUCCUUCCUUCCUCCCUCCCUCCCUCCCUCCCUCCCCUCCCCUCCCCUCCCCUCCCCUCCCUUCUGGACCCACCCCCUUUUCUGUCUCUCAUUAGAAGAAAGCAAACAGGCUUCUAAGGAAUAAUAAUAAAACAGAUCAAACACAAACCAAUUGGAAUAGGACAAAACAAAUGGACAGAGGGAGAAGAACCCAAGGAAAGGCGUAAAUAGAUACAAAGUGAAACACGAGUUCACACACUUAGCAAUCCCAUAAAACCACAGACCUAGAAGCCACAGUGUGUACACAAGGGACCUGUAGGAAGAGAGUGGGGAGGAAGGUGAGUGGUAGGGAAGGAAAAAAGAGACGGGGGAGAGGGAGGAAGAGAGAUAAAAUUUCAAAAGAAAAAGAUAAACAAAACAAAACAACCCUACCCCCAACAUGACAGGAGACCAGGAGACCUCCAAAGCCGCCAUUGAGUUUGCUUUCUGAGGGCCAUCCACGCUGGCUAUACGGCCUACCCUUACGAGUCAUUUGUUUUCCCAGGAAGACUCCCUUGGAGGAAAUGAAAUUUUCAUUUGUAAGUGGGGCACGUGACCACUUCUCCUUUUAGCUCUAGGACCGUAUCUGUGCAGACCUGUGUAGGGCCUGUGUGCGCUCCCUUGGCAUCUGUGAGCCCAUGUGUCAGCUGUAGGAGCACAUCUGGUGCAGACCUGUGCACGCUGCCUCAGCAUCUGUGAGCUCCUGUAUGUCAUUCCUGCUGUACUUAGAAGCUCUUGGUUCUUUGGUGUCAUCUGUCUCCUCUGGCUCGUACACUCUCAGCUUCCCCUUCCUCAGGGUUGAGCCCCGAGGGGAGGGAUUUGAUGGGGACAUCUUAUUUAGGGCCGAGUGUUCUAAGAUCUUUCACUCUGCAUAUUUCCUGGCUACAGCUCUCUAUUUGUUCCCAUCUGCUGCAGGAGGAAUCUUUGAGGAAGCUUCUCUGAUGAUGGCUGAGCAAGGCACUGAUCUGAGUAGAGCAGAACAGUAAGUAGUAUUUGGGUCUUUGGGUUAUCUAAUCUCAGAGUCUUGGUCACCCAGGGUCAUCACUGGGUAUAGGUUCCAUCUUGUGGAGUGGGUCUUAAGUAAAUCAGACAUUGGUUGGUCAGUCCCACAAGCUUUGGGCCACCAUUGCACAGCAUACCUUGCAGGUAUUGUCCAUGAAAGGGUUUGUGGCUGGGUUGGUGUCUACAUUUCUCCUUUGGUAGCAUGCAGAGUACCUUCCAGAAUCAAGAACACUAGCCUGGAGAGGUGAAGGCUCUAGGUAGGCACCAGUUUUCUCAUUUCAACAAAAGUCAAUAUGCCUUAUAACCUCUACUUUUUAAAAACUCUACCCCUGCCCCCUACCCUCAAAGAGGGAGUUUGUCAAAAGAAGAUUCAACUGAUACUUCUUAUGCUAGGUGCAUAACAAAUGCCUGAUGAACACCUGUUGGAUGAAUUUAACCUCUCUCUAGUGUGUGUAGAUAUGUGUAAACACCAAUACAAAUUCAUUUAAAGCAUGAAGAUUCCUUGUAUUGAUACACAAAUCUAGUUGGUGUUAAAUAUCCUCAUAUUUUUUAAUAAAAGCAACCCACAUACAAUUGUUCUUCCUAACUUUUACUCAGGUUAUCUCACUCAAUAUUGUUACAAUUUCAAAUAUGAUCCUCUCUUACAUGACAAUGUUCACUGCUACUUAGUUUCACAGGGCUAAGUGAACAUAAGUCUUGAGAGGAGCCCAACAGUUACAUAGUGAACCACAAAGAGUGAUGUGCCCACAGCAGGAUGCAGUCCUGAGACUCCCAGGCACAUUUCUGCUAUAGAAACACUGUGUUUGACCUUGUAUCACUUAUUAGCCUGUUGGUUAAGGGUGCGAGGAGGAAACUGGGAAGCAGCUGUUUCGAUAUUCAGGAGUUUACAUUCUGAAUGUGCACACAAAGAAAGCACAUAUGAGAAGUUAAGAAACUCCCAUUACUGUACAAGGAAGCCACUGGUCAAAGCCCUAAUCUGGGUAAAAUCAUGGUAUGUGUGCCAAUCAGCCUUAACAAAGAAAGUACAUAAUGUAACUUUGGUCUGAGUAGACCAGAAGAGAUUUGAUUGACAGACAGGAGAUGAACAUGAGUUGGGUCUUCCGAAAAACUAAAGCAUAUAUUUUUAAAAAAACAAAACCAAAAACAAACUAUAGAAACAUUGAAAAUGAAAUUAAAGUUUUUUUUUGUUUGUUUGUUUUUUACUCAUUGAUUCUCAGGCUUUUUCCAGAAAUAGCUGUCAUUUUUUUUUUUUAAUGUCUUUUAAAUGCACUCUGAGUUGAUUUAGGUUUAAUUGAUUUUGGAGUAGCAUAGGUAAUGAAGGGUUAAACUUGCUGUCCAUUCAUAUAAAGAAACCAGACCCAUUCAAUAUAACUUAUACAAUAGGGACCUACUUAUAGAUCUUCAGGUACCCUAGUGGAUUUCCAAGCCGAUUGUUGCCAUGGCAACCCUUGCUCCAUGUGCCUUCAGCUCGUCUUGACCCACUUUGGUUUAGAUGCAUCUGUGACCGAGGGGAUAGCAGACAUGCUCCCAUUUCAAUGUUCCUGGAGACUGCAUCAGUAGCCAGGUUGCCCCCUAUUCCCUUUUUCAGUCUUUUAGAACCUAUAGCACAGUGGUUCUCAACCUGUGGGUCGUGACCCCUUCAACAAUCCUCCAACUCCAAAAAUAUAUUCAAAUUACAAUUCAUAACAGUAGCAAAUAGUUAUGAAGCAGCAAUGCAAAUAAUUUUAUGGCUGGGGGUUAACACAACUUGAGGAGCUGUUAAAGGGUCCCAGCAUUAGGAAGGUUGAGAAACCAUUGCUCUAGAAACCAAGCCUUGGAGGGCUGUGUAAACGGAGGAGUUAUGAGCUCAAAGUCUGACACUUUGGAGAGAUGGUUUAACUCAAGAAACACACACACACACACACACACACACACACACACACACACACACAUAUAUAUAUAUAUAUUUGGAAUCUACCCAGCCUUGCUUCCCCCUCCCCACACCAACUCCUCGUGUGGACACCCAAAUCCACAUAUGAACCACACAAUGCUUUUUAAAAAAUGUUUAAGAUCACUUUUAACAGGGCAUUCUGUAUUAAAGCUGUUGAUUUCUAUCAGUAUAAAGAAGGGUUGUAAGUCAGAACCAGUUUUCCUCCUUCCAAUCUGAGCACCAUUUGUCUUAACUACAUUCCCAGGUGGCUCUGGAAGGCUGAAACAAGAAAGUUCCUUAACUGAUGCCCCUCAAACUUCACUUUUAUUUUGGUGGUGCUGGGGUUAAAAUCAGGGCCUAGGAUGGGCCACACAAGUGCUCUGCCCGGGAAGCUCUAUCCUCUGCCCAUUAACGUGGGAAUUAUGUGGACUUCCUCCAAAACUGCUAACAGAAGAAACCACCCUCUGAAGGUGACUUUCUGCUAAGUUCUUGUUAGCAUAAAUAUUUGUCCAUAAGCAAAGGGAAGUUAAUGAUCUUUAUCUUUCCUUUAAUUUCAAAGUCCUGUUCAUGUUUACAUUCAUGAUUUCUUUUUAAUUAUGGAAGUCUAUAACAUUUUUCAUUUAUAAUAUGUAAGUUGGUAUCAUGAUCAUAUAAGUUCGUACCACUCUGUCAAAGGUCUUGGAUUUGGAGUAGAGUUGCGUUCAAAACUAUGACUGGCUUACAUCUGGGGUGAGCCACAUCUUUCCCCUAAGAAUAGUGGUGAAGAUUUUGAAAGCCUAUUUUAAAAACCCUGAAUGUCUGAAGGGAAGAGCAAAUAACUCAAGGUCCACAUACAGACCCCUGCUCUGGGAUGCCCUCACAUCUGAGGAGAGAGCAUGCUCCACUCUAAAGUGCUUCAAGCACUAUUGUGUUGGUUCUCCUGCACUGCUCUGUAGUGCUAGUGAGGCUUGCUGGAUUAACGUAUAGGUGGGCACGACCAACGAAACUAUUUUACCACUAGCAACCUGAAAGAGGCAUUGCAAAUUUAGGUUUAUUAUCCUAACACAGUCUUUCAUCUGCCGGGGUUGAGUCAAAAUCAACCUGGUCACACCACUGCGAGUAGUCUGAAAUUUGGGAACUUGGUGAGAAAAGUCUAGGAACAGGGACACAGCGAAGGAAAAAUGUGGUAGAGAGAAGCCAGCAAAUCAAGGAGCACACGCAUAGGUGCUCACACUUCACAAUGAGCAUUCGAAGUGUGUAGCACUAAUACUUUACUUCAGAAGAACCCACGGCUCGGGCUGGAGAAACACACCCAGGAGCUGCCCAGCCCUAAUACCAACCGCACGGACAAGAACAGCUCGGCGGUUUUCGCCACCCGCCCCCGCCCCCCUCCAAGCACGAGGCCCCGCCCACUCAUUUGCAUAGGGCGCGCCCCUCAGCGGCCAGGACCCAGGCUGCUUCAGAGCUCUGCCAGCCCAAGCGGCUCAGACCCGGCUGGGGGCGGGCCCGGGCCGGAGCACGUGUCCAUUCCGGCCUCACGACGGAGGUGGGCGAGGGCUUAGCCGCGGCGCUCCACCCAGAGGCGCCGGGGCGGGGGUCUGCGGGCGUGGCACGCCGCGCGGCCUUCCGCGAUCCUCCACGAGCCCGGUGGGAGCGCGCCGGACACGAACUCAAGCGCAACCGCGGGCGUACCAACCCACCCGGCCUCGCCUCGCCUCACGCUCGACGGGGAAGGCGGAACCAAUCAGCGAGCGACGUUUCCCUUCCGAUUCCAGGCCCCCGACGCGGUGCUCACACCCCGGGCUCCCCGGUCGCUGAUUGGCUGCGCGCGCCGCCGGUCCCGGCCGGAGGCGGGAGUCGGCGCCCCGCGCCUGCCCGCGCCCCGCUCGGCCCCCGGCCCUGCCCGCGGCGCCCGGCCUCCUUCCGUCCCUGCCGUGCUCCCUCCGUCUUCCGUGCGCGCCCGCUCGGCCGGCGUGCCUCACGCCUAACGGGCGGCCGCGGGCGCCAAUCAGCGGGCGGCAGGGUGCCAGCCCGGGGCUGCGCCGGCGAAUCGGCGGGGUCCGCGGCUCGGGGAGGGAGGCGGGGCUACCGCGCGCGGCGGUGGAGGAGCAGCUCGCCAAGCCUGCAGCUCGCGAGCGCCGAGCGAGCCUCCCGGAGGGUAGAUUUACCGGGCUUUUUCUGAGUGUGGAUUGUUACCUUUGGUAAGAAAAUGUCGUCCAUCUUGCCAUUCACUCCGCCAGUGGUGAAGAGACUUCUGGGAUGGAAAAAAUCAGCCGGUGGGUCUGGAGGAGCAGGUGGUGGAGAGCAGAAUGGACAGGAAGAAAAGUGGUGUGAAAAAGCAGUGAAAAGUCUGGUGAAAAAGCUAAAGAAAACAGGACGGUUAGAUGAGCUUGAGAAAGCCAUCACCACUCAGAAUUGCAAUACUAAAUGUGUCACCAUACCAAGGUCUCUUGAUGGCCGUCUUCAGGUUUCACACCGGAAAGGGUUGCCACAUGUUAUAUAUUGCCGGCUCUGGCGCUGGCCGGACCUUCACAGUCAUCAUGAGCUCAAGGCAAUCGAAAACUGCGAAUAUGCUUUUAAUCUGAAAAAAGAUGAAGUGUGUGUAAAUCCGUACCACUACCAGAGAGUUGAGACCCCAGUCUUGCCUCCAGUCUUAGUGCCUCGGCACACGGAGAUUCUAACAGAACUGCCGCCCCUGGAUGACUACACCCACUCCAUUCCAGAAAACACAAAUUUCCCAGCAGGAAUUGAGCCACAGAGUAAUUACAUCCCAGAAACACCACCACCUGGAUAUAUCAGUGAAGAUGGAGAAACAAGUGACCAACAGUUGAACCAAAGUAUGGACACAGGCUCUCCGGCUGAACUGUCUCCUACUACUCUCUCUCCUGUUAAUCACAGCUUGGAUUUGCAGCCAGUUACUUACUCGGAACCUGCAUUCUGGUGUUCAAUCGCAUACUAUGAACUAAACCAGAGGGUUGGAGAGACCUUCCAUGCGUCACAGCCCUCGCUCACUGUAGACGGCUUCACAGACCCAUCAAACUCGGAGAGGUUCUGCUUAGGCUUGCUCUCCAACGUUAACCGAAAUGCCACUGUAGAAAUGACAAGAAGACAUAUAGGAAGGGGAGUGCGCUUGUAUUACAUAGGUGGGGAAGUGUUUGCUGAGUGCCUAAGUGAUAGUGCAAUCUUUGUGCAGAGCCCCAACUGUAACCAGAGAUACGGCUGGCACCCUGCAACAGUGUGUAAGAUCCCACCAGGCUGUAACCUGAAGAUCUUCAACAACCAAGAAUUUGCUGCUCUUCUGGCUCAGUCUGUCAACCAGGGUUUUGAAGCCGUUUAUCAGCUAACCCGAAUGUGCACCAUAAGAAUGAGUUUUGUGAAGGGCUGGGGAGCAGAAUAUCGGAGGCAGACAGUAACAAGUACUCCUUGCUGGAUUGAACUUCAUCUGAAUGGCCCUCUGCAGUGGCUGGACAAAGUAUUAACUCAGAUGGGAUCCCCUUCAGUGCGAUGCUCAAGCAUGUCGUAAACCCAUCAAAGACUCGCUGUAACAGCUCCUCCGUCGUAGUAUUCAUGUAUGAUCCCGUGGACUGUUUGCUAUCCAAAAAUUCCAGAGCAAAAACAGCACUUGAGGUCUCAUCAGUUAAAGCACCUUGUGGAAUCUGUUUCCUAUAUUUGAAUAUUAGAUGGGAAAAUUAGUGUCUAGAAAUGCCCUCCCCAGCGGGGAAAAAGAAGACUUAAAGACUUAAUGAUGUCUUGUUGGGCAUAAGACAGUAUCCCAAAGGUUAUUAAUAACAGUAGUAGUUGUGUACAGGUAAUGUGUCCAGACCCAGUAUUGCAGUACUAUGCUGUUUGUAUACAUUCUUAGUUUGCAUAAAUGAGGUGUGUGUGCUGCUUCUUGGUCUAGGCAAGCCUUUAUAAAAUUACAGUAUCUAAUCUGUUAUUCCCACUUCUCCGUUAUUUUUGUGUCUUUUUUAAUAUAUAAUAUAUAUAUAUCAAGAUUUUCAAAUUAUCAUUUAGAAGCAGAUUUUCCUUGUAGAAACUAAUUUUUCUGCCUUUUACCAAAAAUAAACAAACUCUUGGGGGAAGACAAGUGGAUUAACUUGGAAGUCCUUGACCUUCAUGUGUCCAGUGGAUCUUAGCAGUCGUUCUUUUGUGAGCCUUUUCUCCUGAGUUGCAUUAGAAGGAAACCUUACUGGAACCGUCCAGGCUCCUCAUCCCAUUCCUGUUCUGGUUCAGAGCAGUACAGCAGAAUGACGUCGUGCUAAACAGUUGCACUGCUGGCUUCUGGGUUAGUUGUUUCUGAGUCCAGGAAAGGUUUGUGUGGGCAGUAAGUCCUUUUGUCUAAUAACCAGACUUCAGCAGAUGAUAACUGAUGUGUAUAACCAGUUGUUCUGUUGAUUAACUUUUGUCUCAAACAUGCACAGGUGGCAGUAUAAUUAUUUUCAGGGCUAUUCUAGAAUCAUCUCAGUCUGUUUCCUUCUUCCAAAGCCAGUCUAAUAAUAAAGUACCUUUCUGUAAAGGCAGCCGACCUUUUGCCUCAUUUUACUUUUACUACCAGGUUGUAUUACAGAACAGACCUUUUGUAAAUGUGUUAGAGUGACGCUGAGGUCUUGUCAGCAGAUAGGGCCAUCUGUUUUUAAAGUGUAUUGUAUGUAAUUUAUAAGUAGAAUGUUAUUUUACCUAGCUUCAAAGGUUUAAAUAUUGUGAGCUAAGCCAUUUAGCAAGAUUUCUAGCCCGCAGUUAGCUGUGGACUUAGCUCUUCCUGACUUACCCUGGGUGUGUGGUUUGCUGACCUUUCAGCUCUGCAGGAAGGAGAUCCCAGCUGUCCUUUGGUCCUCCCUUCUGCAGCACACGACAGUCAUGUCCAGUGUUGACUCCUUUCUCGUUUGCAACUCCGUACAAAUGCCUGGUCUCCUUUUUGUAAACUUUCAUAUUUUUGCAGACAAAUACUUUUGGUACUUACUCUUUGAGACCAUUCUCACAUGUAUGUACAGUAAUCAUUUUUGAUGCUUUUCAACAUUGGUUGUUUUCUAUUUGAUAUUUCUCAUUUUCCUAUAUUUGUGUUUGUAUGUUAUGUGUUCAUGUAAAUUUGGUAUAGUAAUUUUUAUUCAAAUAUUUAUUGUUCACCUGUUAAUGUGCCAUGAACUUCCUUAACUUUUGGGUGAAGGUGAACAAGAUAGCUAUAGUUCCUGCCUUUGCUAAGAGCAGUUGGUUUAACCCAUACUCAAGUGUCUGCAUAGGAGGUAAACAGGGUAUACUUUGAGAAUGGCAGAGACGAUGCUUUUGGUAGGAUAUUAGGAAGGCAUCUGGAGAGUGAUGUGUAAGCUAACCCCUGACCUAGGAAGAGAAAGCCAUGUGAAGAGCCAAGGGCAAUUUAACACUGCUGGAACAUUAUCAGCAUCCAAAGGCUCAGGCUCAUAGAGACUCACUGUCAGGUAUCAUGAUUGUGCACACACCUGCACACACCCACACGUGGUGAUGAAAAUGCUUGUUCAGUUUAGAAUUUGUUGAAGGUGGGACUGCUUUGUGACAGGCUGCUUCUGUCAUCUCACUGUAAUCUAUUCCUCAGACCUUGUACAGCUUUCUUACACCAGGUCAGUGCCACUUAAUUUAACAACUCCCGUUACGUAAAUGCUCACCAGUCUGGAGCCUCCCUGCUUGCUUCUGGACGUGUUGCUGCAUAUCGGCUAUCACUGCUUCCCUUCCGCUGCCCAUCUUGUGAUAGAGCAAUUGUCCUGUGCAUUAUUGCUGUUGAGCCUACUGGAGAUCCUUGUACAUAAACUGCCCCUUCUCUGGAAGUUUCCACAGACUAGAAAACUUGAGCUGUUGGGACAGUUCUGGGGCAGAGGACAGCUUUGAAAGUGGUAGGAGGUUAUCAGACAUGUUAAAGUGUUGCCAACAGUGAGACACAGCUCCAUGGUUGGGGUUCAGGAAUAGGUUUUCUAUACCACCGAGCGUGAACAAGUCACCGUGUAAACUCAUGUGAAAAGAAUUCAGUGCUUAUCUUUGCUUUUCACCGGAAUGCUGUGGGCAUGCGCUACUGUCACCUAGAUUUUGUUGAUUUCACCUCUUUUGCAAGACUGAUUUUUGUUCCAGAUGAUUCCUACGGCCUCUCUUGGUUGAUUUAUAUUGAUUUAAUUUCUCCACAUUAUUUAGCAUCAUGUCUCAGCAGUAAUUUGAAAGCCUUUCUACCAGAUUCAAACAUUUGGUUGUAUUAGGCCAGUCUUUUGGAAUGCCACUAAACUGGGCUGUGACUUAAGGACCCUUUCCUGCUAGGGUCUGAGCCACACCAGUUAGACUUACUAUCCAUCGUUAUAUACAUUUAGUCAGCAUAGUUCCUGCCUAUUGUUUACCCAGCCAAUGUGAUUCUGGGACCAUGUCCUGGCUCUGGAGUUGGGCUUAGUCCUGUGAGAGUUCCUGUUGUUUUCAGGGCCUAUGACUUUGCCAGAAGGAAUUUGCAUAUGUUUUCUUGAGAGCUGAAUCUUCUAAUUGUGUACAUAUAUGUAUGUAUAUGUACAGAGUUCCUUCUUUGUUUCUUUAAUUUCACCUUCAUCACGCCUUGGUUGUCAGUUCAUCCCGACUAAGAGUCCAAGUCAGUCAGGUUAGUAGGCUUUUGCUGGUUGAAGUCAAAGAAAGCAGAUGCCCAGUUGCCUUCCCUACCUCUGCCAAGAGCUGCCCGUAUGUGUUUUUAAGCCCUCCCCCUUUUUUUAAGAUUAACUACUUGGAACAGUUGUUCUCUUAGGUGUCCUCUUUGCUGGAGAGUAGUUGAUUUGGUGGUGAGGUAUAAAGUAAGGAGACAAUCUAAGUUGACCCUUCCAGCUUGCCUGUGUGUUGCACCUCUCUGUGCAACUAUCUCAGGUAUGUCUUCACAGGGCAGCCAAGGGCCUUUCCCCAUACUGUGGCUUAAGGCUUUGGUGUCCUGAUAGAUCAGACUUAUUACUUGUCAUGCUUUUGCCUGAGCACUUUGCUAAACCCAGGCUUCCUUGCACCUUACCCUCCCCAGUCAAUCAGCUCUAUUUUUUUUUCUGAAUGCAUUCUGUAUUCUUCCCUUAGUGCGAUGCAUUUCCCUGCAGGCAAGCUAGUAUUGUUCAUUCCUGGACCGUUGUUGGAGUCUUUCAAAUGACUCUGGAAUUUUUGCCCAGUUAAAAUGUCCCUGUGACUGACAAGUAGCAAACUCAACAUUAUUUAUCAUAGUUUAGAUGGUAACAGCAUCUCCAUCACAGUUUGGGGACAGUCUAGAUCAGCGGUGUGACCCUUUAGUGCAGUUCCUCAUGUUGUGGUGACCCCCAGCCAUAAAAUUAUUUUAUUGCUACUUCAUUACUGUAAUUUUGCUACUGUUAUGAAUCAUAAUGUAAAUAUCUUUGAUUUUUGAUGGUCUUAGGUGACCCCUGUGAAAAGGUUGUUUGACCACCCCUCCCCCAAGGGGUUGCAACCCACAGGUUGAGAAACCACUGUUGUAAAGUGUCCGAUUUAUUCCAGUGAUGGUGGUCUGUGGUCUGCAGAGGUAGACCUCUGCCAUUGGCUCCUCUUCUGUUUUCCAGCUUGCUUGAUUAUUUUACUUGUUCAGACUACCUUUUGUCCAGGGAGAUUGAGGGACAAGUUAUUUCUUGGAUUAUAGUUUAUGUGUUUAAAUACUUGGAGCCAGAAAAUGCUGAGUUAAUCUCAUGAGUGCUUUUGCGAUAAGAAUUGGCCUCAUGUGUUAUAUCUUGAAUAGAGACUUUUACCUUGGCCAUUAUAGGUAGCUUAUAUACAUGAGAGUUGCCUCAAACAUUUUAGUUUUAGUGUAUAUGUGUGUGUGUGUUCAAGUGUACACACAUGUACCCUCAGAAAACAAACGGUGGGGUUAUCUUAACAAUGAUGAAAGAUACAUUGUUUAAAUCUCAGAUCUCAGUAAAGAGAUCCCAUUUGCUUGUAGACUCAUGACACAAUCAGUGUAUUUAAAAUGAAAUUACCAGUCCUUAUUUGACAGUGCAGCUGGUAUGCUGGUGUUCGGGCACUGGUGAAAAUCAUAAGAAAUCAAUUACCGCCAAUAAAGCUUUCCAUAUACCUCAUCCCUAAACUACACCCAGCACUGAGGGUUAACUUGAAAAUCUGUCUCUUCUUCAUUUGGGUCUCCCCAUGAAAUUCCAGAGACCCGGGAAGUACCUCCAUGAAGUCAGAGUCCCACACCUAAUGCUACUCUAAAGGAAGGUAGUUCAGGCCUGUCUUGGCAGUGAACUACCAAGAAAUGAUUUUCCAAGACUUCUUAGAACCUCUGUAUACUAACCACCUAUGUGUUCAUUGGCUAGCUUCUGAGUCUUAGAGUGGACCCCAGGUUUCACAAAUGCUAGAGAUGUAGGAUCCCUUGGGAAAAGGGGUGUUUUUUGGUUUGCUAUUUUGGGAUGGAAGGUAAGGAUUUGUACCUUUUUUCUGUCUUGAAGUAAUUUUUAAACAACCAAAUACGCAACAUAAGAACAGAUACAAAGCUUUAGCGUGUUGGAAAACGCUCUGAUUAGUGUACAACUUCCAAACCAGCUGUUACCCUUCCUCUCUCUGGCUUUAAGGUUCCUGGCUGGUUGCAGUGGUAAACACUAAGUAACUUUAUGUUUCUAAGGCUGUAUUAAAUUGUGCCCUUCACAGUGUUGUGUCAUAGGGGGUUGGCUUUGGGGAGCUGAGAAGAAACCUGCCUUGAAGGGCCAGUGCCUAGCUGGUUGCACAUUUGUCCUUGCCUCUGUAGGGUGGUGGAUUAUUGGCUUAUAGAGGUAGUUUACAGAGACUGGUUUAAAUCACGAGAAUAACUAACCAACCCCUGGCCUCUGAACCAUGUAUGUACAUAUACCGAUCCAGCCUAUUUCUUGGUAAAAUGCAGAAUUCAAAUUGGGCACACAUUAGACCAGCUUUACCUUCGACUUCAUUUACGCUUUUAUUGACUCUGACAUAAGGUGUGAGUAUUUGACUUUCUUUGUUGGUGGCAGUGAUCUGUAACACUCAGCACUUUCUAGGUGAGCUAAACCAAGAAAAUCCACAGUGACUGGCUAAGGCUGCAACUUCAUUGGAAGGCAAGUGAAAAAGCAUCAGAGGCCUCCUGCCUCAAGGCUGGCCUCCUGGGAGCUCAGUACACAGUAGUGUGGCUCUGGGCCUCUGCAAGGGCCUUCAAGCUUGGCUGUCCUCAUACACGAAAUUAGAAUGUGGGAGUAGUUGGCGUUGAAGGUCUUCACAUUUAAAGGGAUAUAAAACGAUACAUGAAACUAGAAUAUUCAUUUAGCUCAGAAAAUCUCAACACGUGGUAGGUAAGAUGCUAUGUAACUUACGGGAACAGGAGACUCGGGACGUCUUGUCUGAAAGUGGGUUUCAAGAGUGAAGUCUGAUACACUACCACUAAAUGUACUUGGUCUGAGUUAAAUAACCUUAAGGUAUUUCCCAGCUUCCAGCUGGUUAGCCUUUAGCAAGAGAGCUACAAGUGCAUUGUCCUUAAGGAGCCUUAUGUACACAGACGUUCUUUUCUCUGCACGUGUCAAGGGAAGGUGACCAGUCCCAGCCAUGCCUGGGACAAGGGUCCCAGAUAUGCAAUGCUAAGUGCCAACCAAAGUGAGUCCUAGGGGUCCUGGGAGGAGUUGUCCCCUUAGGUGUCCUCAGGACUUAUUCUCAUACUGAUGUCAUCCUAGCUGAUAACUGUGUUGGGUUAUGCCAUGGCUGUCAAUAUUUUUAGGACUCAACCCCUGUAUUCUGUAUUCAUUACUGUGGAUGCAACCUAAGAUUUACAAUAAAUAACACAAAGAACAAUGGAGUUGAGUAUGGAAUGAAAAGAGGCAACGAGCUAGGGAUGAUCUGUGUAGGUGUAAGUACACUUUGUGUCCUUAGGAGUUCUUGUAACAGAAACCGUGUGAAACUAUAGAUGUCUUCUCCUAUAAGGGAAAACAUGGUGUUUGAUGCUUUGGUCUCUAUUUCCCAGUCUGUCCUGCUUAAGAAGCCAGAAUGUGGUUUCUAUUUGGUGGAUGCUGUCUUAAAAUUACUAAAUGUGUCAUCCGGAAGCAGGUAAAGGAGUCAGUAUCCCUGUGGAGUUCUGUCCUACUCUCACGGUGCUUACCAGCUAAGCUGAGCUCAGGAGCCAAGGGAAACCCUGCUCCUGCUCUCUGGUGGUCCUCAGUGGCUGAUGCAGUGCACUGUGAUGGAGAUACUAAAACAAGUGUGUUAUUUGUAAGUCUUCUCUCAGUGAUUGUCAGACAACUGUGGUGUGUGUGUGUGUGUGUGUGUGUGUGUGUGUGUGUGUGUGAGAAACAGUGAGCUGAGGCUUUAUUAUAGCUGAUUUCCAGUUAAAAUUGUGAAAUACGUAUUUCUUGUCCACACCAAAUAUUUCAGUCUAUUUAAUGUAUUAAAGAAAUAGUUCUGCUUAAGAAAAUGUUGCUUAAAUGUUCUGUGAUUUCUGGUGCAUUUUUAUACAGAUCUGUGUGUGUCUGUGCAUUCACUUUCUGCCUUUGCUCUCUGUGUUAACUGUCCUGUUGCCCUCGGAAGGUGGACACUAUUCGUAGCAUUAAAAAGAAAUAUUUGAGUUAUUUACCAUGUCA